GAUCAAUGGCAAGAGGUACUCCGUACUCCGUAAUUACAUUCGAAAUGUCAGUUAUCACUGCAACUCGCCUACGCCGGAUCCGGACACUAGAAGGAAAGUGAUCGAUAAAGACCCCAAUUGUGCACGAAAAGACAAAACACCCACGUGCAUCGUCAUGGCACCCUCAGCAAAUACAGCCAAACAGAGGAGGGCACCAGGAAACACCAGGUUGACUGCAGACUCGGACUCGGAUGCUGAAUACCAGGCCUACAACGGGAGGCUUCAGCAAGCCAGCGCAGCCCGAGCCCGCCUGCGCAAGGUAUGAAGAGAAAUAUAUACGACUAUCCGUCUUCAGAAAGCACCCGAAUCCGGGAACGGAGCUGAGAACUGAGAACUUUCAGGCGAAAGAAACCCGGGACAAAAACCGCACCGCCCUGGCCACAGCGUACGACUCCUCCCUCGAGCAGAUCGUGUCCCGGGUCGAGAAGUCCAUCGCCAAGUACCACGACCUGCAGUAAGCCCUACUCCCCCUUCCUCUCCUCUCCUCUCCUCUCCUAGCGGCUUCUCUCUCCGUGUCCAAAGCCUUCCCAUUUCAUACCCUCCCCGUCCGGAUCAAUCAGCUCGCGCUGACGGUCCCGGACCGAGACAGGAUGGCCAUUCGCGUCGCCCAUCUCCGGCGCCUCAAGCAGGCCGUGGACCGGCGCGACGAGAAAGCGGGCCAGAUCGCCCGGAAGCUGGCGGAGCACCAGAGGAGGACGCUGAACCUCGCGAUCCAGCUGCAGGCGCUGUACGAGGGCCGCAUGGAGGACGUCGCGGCGCUGUUGGAGGAGGGUGGUGGUGGUGGUGCUGCUGCUGCUGCCGUGGGCGGUGCUGGGCUGGCGGCGGGUGAGACGCUCGAUAGCGGCGAUCGGACCGGUCGGGAGGUGGUGUAGGCCUGGCUGGAUUGAGGGGUCCAGAAAGACGGUGGAGGUUGGGGGGGAUCAUCUAUUUUCAUAUGUGGCUCGGGUAAUGGGUUUGCUGGGAGUUCGGGUUGCUUGUGUUUGCUUGGUUGCUGAUGAGAUACCCCAUGUUGCUUUGGCGUUGGGUGGUUGCUGGUAUGUUCUGAGAGCUCGCGAGUAGGGGUGGCGACGGCCUGUGUGCGCUUAAAAUGCUAUCCCGGGAGUUGCCGA